AGAGCGAGAGAGGAAAAUCACGCUUUGUGUGACAGUGAACGCAUAUUGAAUGAAGAGGUAUCGGAUGCCCCUUAUUUGAGCGUUAACGGAUUUUAAGGGUAAAACAUCUAUUUUACUUAACAGACGCGUUUUUUUUAUCCGCCUCCGGGUUUAAGGAUCGGAUUCACGCGUCGAUGGCAUCAGUACCGGAGGGUGUACCUCUUGCCUCCACCAGGCACAACCGGUAACGGGAAGGGCUGCAGCUGCUGCCGUUUCUAGGGUUAUAUAUCUAUUUCUUCUCGUGCGAGCUGCAACGUUGAGGGAAACGUGACCAGAGUAAACCGGGACAUUUCGCCGAUCAUGGAGUAAUGCCCGAGUGAGCAGCGUAUGAGAGGUUCCCAAUGUUGAACAUGUCGACCCCCAGCGAGCUGAAGUCUCCGUGUGUCCCGAGAAACGGCAUGGUCAAGCUCCCCCCUCAGCCCAACGGUCUGGGCAGCGCCAGCAUCACCAAGGGCACGCCCGCCGCCAAGAACCGCCUGUGCCAGUCCUCCUCCGUGCCCGGCAUCCUACCCCCGCCUUCCCUACCCUACCACCUGGACCCCCUCAACCCCCUGGGUCCCUCUCUCCUGGGUCCAGACCUGGACCACAGCGCCCUGACGUCCCUCAAACCCCCGCUGCGCCAGGUCCCCCUCACCUUCCCCAAGCCUCACCUUCCCCUCACCCUGCCUCUGGCCCUUCUGCCGCCCCUGGAGCGCCAGCUGGCCCUGGAUGAGAAGCUGCUCAACAGGCUGCUGUGGUACUUCACCACGGCUGAGAAGUGUGUCCUGGCCCAGGUGUGUAGGACCUGGAGGAAAGUGCUGUACCAGUCUAAGUUCUGGGAGGGUGUCACGCCCAUCCUCCACGCCAAGGAGCUGUACGCCCUGCUCCCCGGCGGAGACAAGGAGUUUGUCAGCCUGCAGGCCUUCGCUCUCAGGGGGUUCCAGGCGUUCUGUCUGGUGGGAGUUUCAGACCUGGACAUUUGUGAGUUCAUUGAUAACUACCCCUUAUCCAAGAAGGGGGUGAAGUCGGUCAGUCUGAAGAGGUCCACCAUCACAGACGCAGGCCUGGAGGUGAUGCUGGAACAGAUGCAGGGUCUGAUGCACCUGGAGUUGGCCGGUUGUAAUGACUUCACUGAGGCCGGUCUGUGGUCCAGCCUGAACGCACGGCUCACCUCGCUCAGCGUCAGCGACUGUAUCAACGUAGCAGACGACGCCAUCGCUGCCAUCUCACAGCUACUGCCCAACCUGUCAGAGCUCAGCCUGCAGGCCUACCACGUAACCGACACAGCCAUGGCUUACUUCACAGCCAAACAGGGCUACACCACUCACACGCUGCGUCUCCACUCGUGUUGGGAGAUCACCAACCAUGGUGUGGUUAACAUGGUCCACAGCCUGCCCAACCUCACGGCUCUGAGCCUGUCAGGCUGCUCUAAAAUCACUGAUGACGGGGUGGAGCUAGUAGCAGAGAAUCUGAGGAAGCUGCGGAGCCUGGACCUCUCCUGGUGCCCACGCAUCACAGACAUGGCCCUGGAGUACAUCGCCUGUGACCUCCACAAACUAGAGGAGCUGGUACUGGACAGAUGUGUGAGGAUUACAGAUACAGGUCUAGGUUACCUGUCCACCAUGUCUUCUUUGAGGAGUCUCUACCUGCGCUGGUGCUGUCAGGUAUAUCCAAACCCUCAUAGGAACUCACUGGCCUUUGACACCAGUUGUCCACUCCUAACCACUACAGGUCUAUCUGGUCUGAUCCAGAUCCAGGAUCUAGAGGAGUUGGAGUUGACCAACUGUCCUGGCGCCACAGCCGAACUCUUCAAGUACUACUCACAACACCUGACACGCUGCAUGGUCAUCGAGUAGCC